UGUUUAACGUCAUGCCGUUGUUUCCAAGAUCACAGUAGUGUAGUUUUGUUGUCGGCAACUAUCGACGCUGUGAAAACAACUGGACUUACAGCUGAAGUGAACUGAAAUAAAGCAUCUUUUGAAUAUCACAUUAAAAUACUACGAUAUGGAGACGGGAUUUAAUAUAAUAACAGAAAUAAGAAAGGCUGAUCCAACUUGUUGCUUUUAAAAAUCACCUGCGGCGGGAAAUUUAAAACGAAUACUGACAGCAACAUCAGAGUGAUUGACGUGUGUCAUCUGCGGAUAUCUCAGGAAAUCCUUACAAUAAUCGUUAUGUUAUGUCACCCUUACGGUAAGCCGCUUUAAUGGGCCCGUACAAUGUUGUUAUUAUUAAGUUAACCGUUUAAAGCCUGACAUCACUGAACAACAACCUACAGCUCUUUUUGGACUGUCUUAUUACUGAUAUAAAAGUGGAAAUGGACUCUUGUUGUGUGUCUGUGAUCAAUAACACACACUUAAACGACUCUACGUCCAGUUCUGAUGCAGCAGAUGUUUUAAUUCACUCAACCAGAGCUGCUUUGGCUGCCAGCAGAGAGGAAAUACAGCAUAAGAGCCAUAAUAGAGUUAACAUUUACAUCAGGAGACUGUCAGACUCUGAACAUGUUCAUUCUGAGAAAGAAAUCCCACCUGUGAAUAUCCCUUCAGCUGCAGAUACAGCUGGACCAGAUGAACAACAGGCUGUUGGACCAUCAAAUCAAUUUGCUGACCUUUUUGACAAAGCCUCCAGGAAAGAGAAAAGUAAAGCUCAAAAUACAGUCAUGCAGACAGGAAACUCAAAGUCAAAAGGUGAAGAUGUGCAAAUUUCUACCUACUCUGCUGAUGGGAGAGAAGCAGUUGCUGCAGCGCUCAGGAAGAGAUCCCAAAGUGCCCCUUUAAGACGAAAUGUGACCGUACAAGUGUUGGGCCAAGACAGAUCCCAGACUCCAAGAGGCCAGUCAGAUCCUGCUUUUCCAUUAGGAGAUCCUGGGACUUCUGCAAGUGUGGCAGCUGUAACAGCUGCUACUAUUGCCGCCACAGCACCACUUAUCAAGGCUCAGAGUGAGAUGGAGGCUCAGAUCGCACUGGUAACUGCUGAGCUAAGGAGGUUGCAGGCAGCAGAGGGCAGUGUCCCGCCGGGGAGGGCGGCCAGUACUGACAACACUUCUGCUGGGAGAGCGGCCCAUCUGGAAGAGCAGCUUAACAUUCUGAUCCAGCAGAGACUGCAACACCUGGAGACAAUUCAAUGUCAGCAGAUCCAACUGCAGAAUCGUCUCUUGGGCUCGGCUCUGGAUGUUGUAGCGGUUCGUGCGACCACAGACUCACAGUCCACCGUUCACACAGGCUCUGGAAUCACUCAGACAGACUCUCUGCCAGUUCAGAUCUCAGGGAGUCGCAGCAUCAGACUCUCAGCCACUGAUAAACCCUCUGCUAGAGGCACAGUGUCAGUCUCAAAGGAUGUACACCGAGAGAAACAAGCAGGUGGGCAUAAAAGUCCUCUGGACACCCCUGCACCACGGAAGGUCAUUCCUAAACCCACCCACUGGACAUCAUCAAGAAGCACCAUCAAACCUCAAAGAUCCUCUCUCAAAAACCAAGGAAAUGGCAGACUUCAGGACCAGAGCCCUAAUAACCGGAGGUCUCCUGAGAGAUGCGUUGUGCAGUCUGUUGGGGUAAAGAGGUUCGCCAUGGCAACAGCUGACAACGGCCAACCAGAGCGGUCCAGGACAAGCCAGAUGCCACCUACAGCAUCUGCUGCUCUUACUAGAAGUACACAACUAGAAGAACCAGCUUUCAUGAAUCCACAGAACGAACAGGGGAACCAUGGAGAACAUAUACAUGUGGCGUCGUCCAGCUCGGCCGUGCAAAGAGCCAGUCAGAUGCUGCAGGAUCUGGGGCGGCUUAAAAAUGAGAUGAGGAGUCUACUGCAGACUGCUGAUGCAUUUCCUGUGCAGAAUGCCAAGUCGACCCAGAGCAGCGGGAGCAGCCAUCUCGCCCCCUCCGCCACAGCCCCGCCUCCUUCCACAACCCCCAUCUCCAUGCCCCCAGAGCCGGUUGAUGUGAUUGCCGUCAGGGCUGCUCCUUUAAACAGACCCAGCAUUCUGAAGAGCAUCCAGCCGCCCACAUCAAUGUUUGAGGAUGCAGGACUGGUCCUGAGGCAGGUCAGGCAGAGCAGGAAGGUUCUAGAAGAAAACCUGGAAGCCAUUUUGAGAGCCAAAGAUGGAGAAGUACUUCACACGCAGUUAGAGGCACUGUCGAAAAACAGAGAUGUCCAUGAAGAGCUGAGGAUAAAGAAGACAGUUGAUGCCUGGAUCAAUACACUCAGCAAGGAGAUUCAGGAUGAGCUGGCGAGGGAGAACUCUGAGAGGAUUGUAGAGAGGAGUGAUGCUGCAGUCGCUAAAGUGGUGCAGCAGGGCCAGAAGAGCAAGAGCGGACGUGAGGCUGGUCCGAGAGGGGGAGGAAGAGGAAGAGGGGGAGGUGAAGCCUCUGCGGCAGACAAGAAAACCUCUCUGAGAGGCUUAGUGAGAACACAAGCAGAAAGCACACUGGCACACAGCAAACAACCCACUCUGUCUGUUAGAACCAAACCUGAAGGGAAGCAAGAGACGCCGGUUGUGCUAAAAUCUCAGGAUGAUCAGGAGUAUCUGGCCAGACUGUAUGGAAAAGCUCUUUAUGAGGGUCAUCGACGCACACUCAAAAAAAGCCCUUACCUUCGAUUCAACUCCCCAACACCAAAAUCCAAACCUCAACGACCUAAAGUAGUAGAGACUGUCAAAGGGGUGAAGAUGAAGUCAUCUAAAACCCAAACUAGCCAGUUUGUGGAUGGUGUUCCUACCCUGCAGCCUUCAGUCUCUGAGCCUCAUUUCCUGUUCAGCCCCAGUGAUCCUGCCCAACAGCAGCAGCCUGGUUCUCCAGUGCGAGGUUACCUCAUUCCCAUGGCCAUACCUUUAGGUAAGCCUAGAGUGGAUGGCCAGGCCCCAGUGCCUUCACGGGUCAUCAUUAGCGACAAACCAGCCACCGUAACAACGUCCUUCCCUCCCAUCACUGUUCCUGAACCCAAACCUGCUCCUGUUAUUCGGAAACCCAACACUAUCUUACUGGAGGUCCAGUCAGAAAGGAAGAAACGGACCCCACAGCUCAAAAUACAGGUCCAGCCUGCUGUGAACAUUGAGAGUGAUCUGUGCAGCAGUCCAGCUUCUUCUACACCGUCAAUUCCAGCCGAAACCAUCCUUCCUCCACCUUCCAUUCAUGCCGCCGAGGAACCGAAUGCUGGUGAAGAUCAGGAGGAAAAUAUCAUUCCCGGAACCAAUUUCUUGGCCGUAGCCGACAUCAGCCAGGAAACACUCGGUGGACUUCCAGACUCUCCUAUAGAGCUCAACGGGCUGCCGUCUCCUCCAGCUGCUCUGUAUCACGGCCCAGCGUUUCCCCCACAGCCUUCCCAGUCAACCCCUCUCACCGAGCCCAUCCUGAGCACCAUCCAGCAGAGAGAGACCCUGGAGAACAGGCUGGUGGAUUGGGUGGAACAACAGCUCAUGGCCAGAAUGAUCACUGGAAUGUUCCCUCAGCCCACCCAGACUGAUCCAGCCAGCCAGUCAGAGCCGGAGAAUAGUGUCACAUCAGACAUAGUGGAGGCCGCAGGCGGUGGUGGUCUUCAGUUGUUUGUGGACACAGGCGUACCAGUGGACUCUGAGCUCAUAAGACAGUGUGUAAAUGAAGUGCUGGCUGAAACCGUUGCUGUAAUGCUGGGACAGAGAGAGACACAGAGAGCAUCUACUGCCCCUGUCCAAACACAGGAUACUCCAGAGGAGGUUACUGUGGUACCAACACCGGCACCCACUCCUGAGCCCAGCUUAAAAGAGCCACCAUCUCCUGUCAGUACCCCUGAUCUCUCCGAACAUCUUUCUAUGGCUCUGUCUCCCAAGAAAAACCAUCAGGAAUCUGCUUCACCAGGUCCAGAUAGAAUUCCUGUGGGCACACCGACUACCACACCAAUCCCUUCUCCCACCAGGGUGGCCACACCCUCUCCUCCACCAGCCAAUCAGAGCCCAGUGUCAGCCACCCUGCAGCAUCACCCAUGGGGAGGAAGAGAGCUCCCCCUGGAGGAGGAAGAAGAACCGCAUGGUGAGAGACAGGAUCAACAGCCAGAAUCAGUUGUGAUGUCAGUAGUCCAAGAGGACGAUGAGGAAAAAACAGUCAUCCACUUAUCUUCACCUCUCCCCUCCAAACAAACGACUCCCCCACCUCCUCUUCCUCCUGUGAGUCAGGAACCUCCUCCUGAGUCCUCUUCCUCCUCCUCCUCCUCCUCAGAGGAGGAGAGCAGCUCUAGUUCCAGUGUGACUGUCACUGAGACGGAGACGCCAGCCAGACACAUCUCAGAGGGAGAGCUCCUGCUCACUCAUGGCCAGAUGGCGGCAGUCAGAGUUCUGGAACAGGAAGGAGUCCUUCUGCCUAAUUUGAUGACCAGCCUGAACAGCUCCCUGCAUGGAGUCCAAGAUAUGGAUUAUGAUCCACCCAGUGAGGGUCAGGUGAUCAGAGCUCCACGCCACCCUGCUCAUCAUGAUCCCGUCCUGUCUCUGUUGGCCAGGAUGGAACGUGGCCCUGUUAGCCAAUCUCAGCAGCAAGAGAGAUGGUGGGAGGAGGAGAGCAGUGGAGAGGUCAGUGAGGGUCAGAGACCGCUGCUGACGGCCGCAGAGGAGAUUGUGCUGACCGGACACUCGCUCAUAGAUCAGCAGAGAUACACACAGCCCAGAACCACAGAGAUCUCACCUCACGCGACGCUCACGUCACCUGGACAAGUGCUCGCUGAACACACGGGUGCAGUGGUUGAGAACAGUGGGCUGUCAGUCAACCUCAGGUCAUCGGAGGAACAGAAAGAAGCUGAGGUUUAUCAUGUGAUGACGGUCUCCUCCCCUCAGGACACAGAACAUCAGAGCCCCCAGACAGCACAGACGGUUCAUAGACCUGUACCAAUCCUGGUGAGGCAGUAUGAAGACAAAGAGGAACCAGAGUUCCCGCAGCUGAGGAGACUUUCAGAUGACACAUUUUUUGGGGAUAACGAGAAAGGGGAAGACAUUUUUCUGCAAACAGAAGGAGGAGGACGUGAUGUCAGAGUGAUGUCGGUGAGGCUGCCCUCUGUCAAACAGGAUCAAGAGUCUGUCAGCCUCAGCUCUGUUGAAGGAGAUACAGACUUUUCUGCUAAUGAUGUGUUUUAACAGCGACGACCCUAUGAAACCUCUCUGACAGGAAACCGCUAAGUGCCUGAAAGGAAGGAGAUGUUCUCAGCCCUAAAUUAUUAACAUUACAGAAGCUCAUAGUUUGAUGACAGUCAGUGCUAGAGAUAUAAUGAACUUUAUCUUGUCUCUUGUGUCACUGUUAAAUAAAACCCUAUGUACUGUAAUUGUACAUUUUUAUACAAAUAAAUUUUAAACAAAUCCUGCA